GGUCGCCGGCCGGGUCAGUAGCCCGUAGCGGUAUUCCGUCGGUGAGUCGGCACUGUGGUAUUCGCGCACCGCCGGCCGUAUACACAACGUAAUCUCCGUUAACCUUGGUGGCAUGAGGCAUCUCGGUUCAGUGGUGUGUUCGCGCGCGUUCCCGUACAACGUGUGAUUAUGCGCGUCCCACGUUAAAAGCUUCGGCUAUCGCGGACGCGUGGACAACAAUAGUGUAACGAUUAUUGUUAUUAGUUAUUACCACUUACCCUUAGCAGUGGUCCCCGUACGGCGCGCCGAUUUUGUUUUUGCUCAGUGACAUUUUUCAUACGCAUUUUCAUAUAUGUUUUCUGAUCGGGAUAUAGCAGGUAGUCGCGGUCUCGUCGUAUCCACUGUCGCCUGCCUGUUGCUGGCCGUCGGGCUGUCGGUCGCGCCGGUCGCCGGUGCGCUGUUCGGCGCCGGCGAUGCGUAUUCGUACGUGCUGACCAACACGGUACUGCUGGAUGAAUCCCGCAACGAGUACGACAGAGGCCGUCCCGUGGGCCACCGGAUAACGGCCGGAAUCCGGGUGAACGUCGUCUGGCACCAUCCGGAACACGGCAAGCUCGUGCGGGUCCGGGCGUCCUCUUCCAGGCUUCAGACCCGGCCCAAGAGUAAGGCGACGGCAAAGGGCGGUGAAGAGUACGUAGACCGCUCCAACUCCAAGCUCGGAGACUUCAACAACAAUCCGUUUUUGGUGCACUGGAAAGACGGUCGGGUGCAGAGCGUGUACGUGACGAAGGACACCAGAACGGAGGAAAACUUCAAAAAAGGAAUAGCCAAUCUUUUGCAGUUCCAAUUGUCAAACGUGGACAUCUUGGAAGACUCUACACUGGGCCGGUGCAACGUCACUUACAGCAAAAUAGCGGACAACGCGGUUUUGAAACAAAUUAAAGACUGCACGCCGCCCAAAGAUUUGAACUAUGUCAAACAUCCGGAUAAGAUAUUGCGAGGCGUCCUCCGGUCGAAACGCGAAGGUCUGGUCAAGUUCAAUGACGAAACGUUGACGGAAGUUACCAUGGAAGAAGACCACGAGUUCUUUACCGAACUACUACGUGAAACAGGGGCGUCUGUUAUUUCAAAACAAGUUCUCAAGCUCACAGGGAACGAGUCGAAGGAAAAAGCCGUGAUGGCCGAAACUCUGAGUCAAGCGGUCGGCGAACAGGAGAAAAAAUUGAAGCUCAAAUUUAACAAACAGUCUUUAAGCAUAAAUCAUGAAGUCAAAAACUGCAAACACUAUAAAUCAUGUAACAAAUUGGAAGACACGGUGAAGAAGCAUCACGACGCUUUGGUGGAUACGGAACUGGGCAUGUCCAAAUCCGCUUACGCCUCCAUUGAAGUCAUCGAUGCGAUCCGAAACAGCAAAGCGGACGCUAUCGUCAAAGUGUUAAAAGACGAACAAAACGAAGACAUAGAAAUUCAGCUGUACGACUUGUUGGGAUCCGCUUUGACGGAAGACUCGCACAAAGCGGCUAUGGAGACGUUGGAUUUUUCGGAAAACAGCGAUUUCGAUAAAACGGAAAGGUACUUGUGGAGCGCGUCGGUCAAGUUCAAGCCCAACUUUGAAGUCAUACAAAGUCUGAUAAAACUGUCCGAAAAGAAAUUGGCAAAUGAGAAAUUAGACGACACCGUGUUCAACACUAUAACAGCUAUGACUAGCCGUUUGGUGAGGUACGACGCCUCUGAAAAACAUUUGAAGCUUUUCGACGAAAUCCUAUUGAAGACGUUAGAAAAACUGAACGGAUGCAACAAAGGUGACGACGACGAAUGCCGUUUGGUGUACAUUAGAGCAUUGGCCAACCUCAGACAUCCGAAAUCCAUUGACGUCUUGUUGGAUAUCGCGCAGAACGGAAAUAGAAAGCCCAGCACGAUCGCCAUGAAAACGGUGAAAAUAUUAGGACCCUCGUUUUGGGAUCACAGAGUGUUGAAAGCGUGCGACAAGAUCUUCUUUCAGUUGGUAAGAGAGCGCGACAGCAGCGCAAGAAUGAUAGCGUUGAGUAUACUGCUGGAGAUGGGCCCGGAUUACGAACUGCUGAAACACGUGCUCAAGUGGCUGCUAACGCCCAAAGAAGGAUUCGAAAACAAACAGUACGCGUUGCAGCAGCUGAACGAAUUGGCUAACCACGACCGUGGUGCGGCCAAACUGUUGCGGGAAGUGUUGAUCCGCGAAAAACUUAACCAUUACGGAGUUCUCGCCCAAAGAGGUCUCUCCUCGUCGUUUUCCAGAUACUUCCUGGACUACAACAACAUUACCGGACUGGUCAAGUCGUCUCAACACAUUUACACGGGUGUCACCAAACGCGGUUCGGUCGAUAUCAUCGUGGAACACGACGGCCACCAGUACCACUUGUGCAACUUGGGUAUGUUCACCACGGGUUUGGGAUACUUCACGUCGCUGUACGACGAUUCCCCCAAUCCAAGAGAAACUACCGACGAGGACAACUUGUCGGCCACGGCCGGCUUGGAAAUCACGAUAUUCGGGGUUCACAUAAGACCUUUCCUAAUGUUCACCAGCCAAGGCCAGUUGAUGGGGCACGUUUGGGCUGGAACCGGAUCCGAAAGGACGUCAGUCAUUCAGGGAAUAUUCCAGCUGAUGGAACACCAGGAGUACCUGCCGCUGAGCACGGGAACGAUGGCCGAACUCAGCCUGAAAGGAACCCUGUCGUUGGAUAUCGCCGGCCAGAUGCAAAUGAGCCUGUGGAAUAAAAACGCGCAAUCGUUGAUCGAACAAAACGGCGGCAUCGGCAUACGGGGAGCUCUGAAACUGGACACGGACGUGGUGACGACCGGUGUAGACUUUUCUCUAAUGACUGAAGGGUUGUUGCAUACGUACAGCGAUGCAGAGUUCGCCAACAAAAUCGCCUUGUGCAUGCAAAUCGUCUUGGUGGACUCUAACAUGACGACGAUCACAAGCAAAAACGAAAUCGUUCACGGUUACCCCGAGCAAGUGCGAAGGAUCAAAACUAGGACUCACCCUGUAGCCGGACGCACGUUCGCGCUCAACAAAUUAGUCAAUGAAUUUUGCAACGACAUCCAUUCUCGGUAACCACAUCCGCUCUUGGCUGUUUUGGUCUAGAAUUAAUUUUAACAAUAUAAUAUGAUUUUACCUCACACGCGACUGAACUUUUAUAUUUUAAUUUAAUUUUAAGUUUUUGUUAGUCAGAACAAAUUUAUUUUUUAUUUAUAAAUAUAUUUGUCUUGUGUGCUACUUUUGAAUAA